AUGAGACCCACAUCCCUCCUCCAAGGUGCAUCAAGACUACCCCUCACAGGAAAGAGGGGAAACAAAGACUUUUACAAAGGUACUGGACAGGCUAGAGUACCUGGCGGUGGACACAGAACAGGUCCCCCCGGUAAACAUGUCGUGCGAGGUACUGCCAAGUAUAGACUGGUGGAUGAGAAAGUGAGAGUGUUCGUGGCACCUACACAAGAAGCACUGGGGAAUACAGAGCUCAAGCCAUAUGUUGCUACACAAGAUCUUGACAACCACAAAACAUUUUUCAACCCCUUCUCUCACGCCUACGGAGAACGCCCCCGCCUUCCAUCUUUCUCUCCAAAUGCCACACCUAUGAUCGCCGGCACCUCUCUGUCGCGGAGGGAUUACACGGAUUUCUCCAAGAGAUGGGCCAAUCUGAGUCAUGAUGAGAGGCAGUUCGUGGUGAUGCAGCAGAGGAGACAGUGGUGGGAAGGGAUGUCCAAGUUGUACGGAAGUGAUGUGGCCGCUCCGGGCGCGCAAGGGACCCAAUAG